AUCUUCAAGACUUGUCCCUUGUGAUUCUUAAUAUCAACAGCCCCACCAGUAUCUUCAACAACCACAAACUGAUCCUUCACAUCUCCAUGUUUGAUGCUGCAAGAGUGAGAGUUUUCCACGCAGCUGAAAACACUAUGGUUUCCCAGUAUGAGAACAUCUUGGGGUCAGACAAGCUGUCCUACACCGUACAACCCACAGAUGGAAAAGCACAAUAUACUUUUUACGUGGAGGGCCUUGCGUUCCCAGACAGAGACUUCAACGGCCUCGUUUCCUUGAACGCCACGCUGAUGGAGCAGACUAGUUCGUCCUCACCAGCCAUUCCAGUUUUCACGGAUACUGUCAUUUUCCACGUGGCUCCUUGGCUCAUGACCCCCAGCACUCAGAGACCCCUGGAGAUCUUUGUUUGCAGCAUCGAGAAGGGUGUCAACUCCAACGGAAAAUUCCUGGAGGCGAUUAAACUUUUAGCAAGGAAAGCCAACUGCAAGUUAACCAUUUGCCCGGAGGUUGAAAACCGAGGAGACCGCUGGAUUCAGGAUGAGAUGGAAUUUGGGUAUGUAGAGGCUCCUCACCAAUCCUUCCCUGUCGUCUUCGAUUCUCCCAGGAAUCGGGGCCUGAAGGAAUUUCCUUUUAAGAAGAUUUUGGGACCUGAUUUUGGGUAUGUCACUCGGGAACCCAAGAACGGAAGAGUGUCCAGUCUCGAUUCUUUUGGUAACCUGGAUGUCAGCCCCCCUGUCUCAGUCAAGGGAAGAGACUAUUCCUUGGGGAGAAUUCUCAUCGGCAGCAGUUUUCCUGGAUCCGGCAACAGGAAAAUGGCAAAAGUUGUGCGAGAUUUUCUUUAUGCUCAGAGGGUUCAAGCUCCUGUAGAGCUUUAUUCCGAUUGGCUGACGGUGGGUCACGUGGAUGAAUUCUUGAGCUUUGUUCCAGCUCCAGGCAAGAAGGGUUUCCGGCUGCUUCUGGCCAGUCCCCUCGCUUGCUUGAAGCUGUUUGAAGAGAAGCAAAGAGAAGGCUACGGGGAGGCUGCCCUAUUUGAAGGUCUCCGGACGGUGGGGAAAAUUACCCUCGACGAGAUCCUGCGGGACAGAAAUUUGCGCCAAGACAGCAAAUAUGUUCAGAGUUGCAUUGACUGGAACCGGAGUAUUUUAAAGCGGGAACUCGGAUUGACUGAACGAGACAUCAUUGACAUACCCCAGCUCUUCACUCUGGAAGGAUCCACCGCGUCAGCCUUGUUCCCAGACAUGGUCAAUAUGCUCGUCUUAGGAAAAUACCUGGGCAUUCCCAAGCCAUAUGGACCCAUCAUCCACGGCCAGUGUUGCUUGGAAGCGAAUGUCCGCUCCCUCCUGGAGCCACUGGGCCUCUCCUGCACGUUCAUUGAUGACUUUUUCUCCUACCACGUCUUGUCCGGAGAAGUCCACUGUGGCACCAACGUCCAGCGGGAACGUUUUUCUUUUCACUGGUGGAAUAUCCUUCCGUGA